AUGGCCUAUGAUGAAAGAUCUAGUUUAAACAGCUUCAAAGAACAAGAACAUAUAAUUGACGAUUUUUCAGAAGAUUUACACGAAACAAAUGAAGAAGAAAUCGAGAUACUUAGUACAGAUGAUAUUCAAAAUGAAUUAAAGUGCUCGAUUACAAUCCUUGCUUCGGGAAUAUUUCCCAGAUGUGACCUUGUCUCAGAAUCAUCCAAGAAUUUAUUUACUCAAUCAGUUUGUACGUCCGAUCAAGACAGUGACUUUUCAAACUAUAAUGUUGCACAAGAAACUACGAUAUUGACAACAUCGGACGGAUUUCAGUGUGACUCAUUUGGUUUCACUGACCGGCAAGUUCCUCCAACACCACCAACUAAUCAGUCUGAUAAUUCUCUAUUAGCACCAACUUCGUUAAUGUUACCACGUAAACAACGAUAUCAAACGCGUCUCUAUCGACCACGGAUUGUUCGACGACUUGCCUGUGAUCGUCAAAAGGCUCCAAAACAACGCACAAUACAGUAUUACUUAAACAAAUUUGAAUGUCUUACACAUCGUGUCAAUCGUUUAUAUAAAAGAAUCGAUCAGAUACUAGAAUGUUACUUGUCUACACCAGAAUCUGAACUUUGA